UUCUAUAACUGGGCCGUGAGGGAAACGUUUUACGGCCGUCAGGGUGAACUGUUUUUUACGGAACAUUUACAACAUGAUUUCCCUCGGCGCUGGCUCGCUGAAGGCCGCUUCUAUCAAAACUGGACUAGUGCCAGAGCGAAUCUUGCAGGCGCAUUGCAAGGCUUUAAAAAGCCGCGGGUUUUCCAAGGAUUCUGGAGCUCAGGUGAAGCGGGGCGACUCUGCUAUUUGCAACUUUUUGACUGCUGAAAAGGAUGGUUUCCUUUCCAACAACGCCAAGCUCCUGUCACGUCGCGGCUGGGCUGUUCCAGAGGCUAAAGCAAAGCUUGCACGAUGGACAUAUGAGGUUGGCGAGCUGAAGCCGCACGAGGUGGACAUUCGCGUCACCCAUAACGGGCUCUGCCACACUGACAUGCAUAUGCGAGAUAACGACUGGGGCGUGUCCGCCUUCCCUUUUAUCCCUGGCCAUGAGGUCGUGGGUGAGGUGGUGGCGGUCGGCAGCGAUGUGACAGGACUCCGUCCUGGAGACCGCGCGGGUGUGGGCUGGAUCAGCAACUCCUGCCGCGUGUGCGCAAACUGCAGGCGUGGCGAGGAGAACAUUUGCGAGAAGGGCUACACAGGUCUGAUCGUUAUGGGCAACCAUGGCGGAUUUCAGGAUGUCUGCCGCGUGAAUGCCGACUUCGUGUACCAGAUUCCUGACGGCCUGGAUUCCGCGCAUGCGGCCCCGCUGCUGUGUGCCGGUAUCACUGUGUAUUCGCCACUGCGUGCGCACAUCAAGCACCCCAACACCCGUGUGGCGGUGUUUGGCGUGGGCGGUCUGGGCCAUCUAGCACUGCAGUACGCGCACAAGAUGGGAGCGGAGGUAACGGCCAUUUCGGGUCACCAGGACAAGGAAGAUGAGACUCGUAGGAUGGGCGCCGACCAUUUCGCGGUGUGGGGCCGCGAUAACCAGAAGCUUUAUGGCUCUUUUGGCAUCUUGAUCAACACCGUCAGUGCUGACGUGGACACCGCAGAGCUGAUGCGCCUGCUUGCGGUGGACGGCACGCUGGUGCAGGUGGGUAUCCCUGGCGGCGGUGCUGUGAUGCAUCUCCCCCUCCAGGACCUGGUCUUUGGUCAGAAGCACGUGGUGGGCAGCAUCGUGGGCGGUCGAGCUGACAUGCAGGAGAUGCUCAACUUCUCCGCUGUUCACGGCGUCAAGCCUCUGGUAGAGACGUGGCCUCUCUCCAAGGUAAACGAGGCCAUGCAACACGUGGUGGAGGGCAAGGCGCGCUAUCGAGUGGUGCUUACGUCGGACUGGCAGUGAGCUGAACACGUGACCUGUACUACAUGCAUUCACAGUACGUGGCAGGGCAUUUCCUUGUUCCGGCACCAAACGAGGGAUUUCUUCUACGUGAUGCUCUAUCGGCGGUGGCGGGCGGACGGAUGGCGAGAGUUGCGGAUGGCAGCCUAGUGCCAUGUGCUGCACUACGGGCCCGUACUGCGGUACGCACGUGUGCCUGUGAUGAGCAAUUUCUGUGGCCCUGU